AUGCCAGGUCCAGAGGAAAUUAAGUCGAGCAUUGAUGCCUUCGUCGAAAAGUCCAGCAAGAGGCUUGGGGAGAUUUGGGAAAAUCCCGAGCUUGCUUACGAAGAAGUUAUCGCACACGAUACAUUGUGCGCAAUCCUCGAAGAGAACGGAUUCCAAGUGACUCGCCAUGCCCACGGCCUAGACACGUCAUUCGAAGCUAGCUUCGGAUCUCGUGGUCGUCUGAUGAUUUUCUGUGCCGAGUACGACGCUUUACCUGACAUCGGUCAUGCGUGUGGGCAUAAUCUCAUCGGAGUAGCAAGCAUGACGGCUUUCCUUGCUCUGGCCUCGGUCUUAAAGGCGACGGGCCAGCCUGGAAGAAUCAAAAUUCUUGGUACACCUGCUGAGGAACACGGUGGUGGCAAGCUCGAUCUCCUUAAGGCUGGUGCUUUUGACGGGGCGGAUGCAGCAUUAAUGUCCCACCCAAUGCCUCAUCAUUACUACCAUGAUAAGCACGGUUCUGUUGGAGCAGCCGGUGCUCGUCUUGUUGCAAAACAUUCAAAGCUCGCGGAGUACAAAGGGCGAACUGCUCAUCCUGCUGCCAAUCCGUGGGAUGGCGUCAAUGCACUGGACGCAGUUGUUGCUGGAUACAACAAUGUUUCCCUAAUGCGUCAGCAGAUGCAUCCAGCCCAACGUGUUCAUUGUGCUAUCAUAGAUGCUCCAAAGAGAACCAACAUAAUUGCGGGCCAAACAGCUGUUUCCUGGCAGUGUCGGUCUCCAAAAAUGGAUGACUUACGGAAGUUGACAGAACGGCUUUGCUCGUGUCUGCAUGCUGGAGCCUUGGCCACUGGAUGUCAAUUGGAUCUAAAAGAUGAGUCCGCUUAUUCAGACCUUCUCCUUAACGAUACACUUUGCGGACUGUACCAAGACCAUAUGGCUCGUUAUUCUCAGAAUGUCCUCAAAGCAGACCCGGAAUAUAUUCAAGCUUCAACAGACUUUGGCGACGUGAGCUACGCACUCCCCGCAAUCCAUGCAAUGUUUUGUAUCCCAGUCAAGGAAAAAGGGGUUGUCACCCAUCAUUGGUCCUUCACCGAAGCUGCAGGAACUGAUGUCGCUUUCCAAAUAUGUCUUACGGUUGGGAAAUGCCUAGCUCUAUCUGCUUGGGAUCUUUUGUCAGACGACAGAAAAUAUGAGGCUGCAGUGGCAGACUGGAAGAAUGCAAGGUGUGAAUGA